AUGGUAUGCCACCUGGCAGAAGUCCUGAAAAGGAGUCAAGGAUGCAGUGCAUCCUUUGUCAAAUGUGAGGUCACACAAGAUGGGGAUCAAAGGCAUCAUUCUUCUGCUGUGUCUUAUAAAGACAGCUACCCACUGCAUGAAGCACAGACUUGGAAGAAACUCCAGAGCCUCUCCAAGAUGCUGGCUGUUCUGUUCACAGCGGCCUUGCUGGCCCUGAGCUCUGUUCAACCCUUCAGUGAAGGAUUCCCGCAAGGACCUCCUCCCAAGCAAGGCCCACCCCCUCAGGGAGGCCCACCGCAGAACCGACCACCUCAGCAAGGCCCACCCCCUCAGGGAGGCCCACCGCAGAACCGACCACCUCAGCAAGGCCCACCCCCUCAGGGAGGCCCACCGCAGAACCGACCACCUCAGCAAGGCCCACCCCCUCAGGGAGGCCCACCGCAGAACCGACCACCUCAGCAAGGCCCACCCCCUCAGGGAGGCCCACCGCAGAACCGACCACCUCAGCAAGGCCCACCCCCUCAGGGAGGCCCACCGCAGAACCGACCACCUCAGCAAGGCCCACCCCCUCAGGGAGGCCCACCGCAGAACCGACCACCUCAGCAAGGCCCACCCCCUCAGGGAGGCCCACAGCAGAACCGACCACCUCAGCAAGGCCCACCCCCUCAGGGAGGCCCACCGCAGAACCGACCACCUCAGCAAGGCCCACCCCCUCAGGGAGGCCCACAGCAGAACCAAGGUCCUCAGCCUGGAAACCAGCAAGGCCCACCUCCACAGGGAGGUCCUCAACAGAACCAAGGCCCUCAGCCUGGAAACCAGCAAGGCCCACCCCAACAAGGAGGCAGACCACAGGGACCUCCCCAGGGCCAGAGUCCUCAGUAA